AUGGCAGCCAUAGCUCGCCUUCCACUAAACCAUUCUCUUCCAACGAUCCUAAACCAUACGCGUUACCUCCCUCGACGUCUCUCAUUUCCUACUUAUCUCCAUCGCUCUCCCUUUCGCUCCUUCUCAGCCGUCUCUCCAACCCUCUGCUCCUCCUCCUCCCAGGGUGAUUCCAACGCUUCUAUUGUUGGAGAUCUUCUGGAUUAUCUUAAUGAAUCCUGGACUCAGUUUCACGCCACUGCUGAGGCUAAGAGACAGCUUUUGGAUGCUGGGUUCCAUCUCCUUAGUGAAAACGAUGACUGGAAUCUCAAACCUGGUGGCCGUUACUUCUUUACUCGUAACAUGUCCUGUCUUGUUGCUUUUGCUGUCGGAGAUAAGUAUGUUCCUGGUAAUGGUUUUCAUGCCAUAGCUGCUCACACUGACAGUCCAUGUCUUAAACUUAAACCAAAGUCAGCUUCUUCCAAGUCUGGUUAUCUCAUGGUGAAUGUUCAGACUUAUGGUGGUGGUUUGUGGCAUACCUGGUUUGAUCGUGACUUGAGUGUUGCCGGGAGAGCUAUUGUGAGAGCUAGUGAUGGGUCCUUUGUUCAUAGGCUUGUCAAAGUCAAAAGACCGUUACUUCGAGUCCCCACUUUGGCCAUUCAUCUUGAUCGGACAGUGAACAGUGAUGGGUUCAAACCGAAUUUGGAGACUCAGCUUGUUCCGUUACUAGCAACGAAGCAAGAUGAAACCUCGGCUGAAUCAAAGGACAAAAACGUAUCUCCCUCCUCCAAAGAUGCUCAUCAUCCAUUACUUAUGCAGAUUUUGUCAGAUGACCUGGAGUGUAAGCCCGAGGACAUAGUGAGUCUUGAGUUAAAUAUCUGUGACACCCAACCUAGCUGCCUUGGAGGAGCAAACAAUGAAUUCAUAUUCUCUGGAAGACUUGAUAAUCUUGCAUCGAGCUUCUGCGCUUUGAGAGCUCUCAUUGAUUCAUGUGCAUCAUCGGAAAACUUAUCGACUGAACAUGGUAUCCGAAUGAUUGCUUUAUUUGACAACGAGGAGGUAGGUUCAGAUUCAUGUCAAGGUGCAGGUGCACCCACCAUGUUUCAAGCCAUGAGACGGAUUGUGAGUUCCCUAGGAAAUGCGCAGGUUACUGAGUGUACCUUUGACCGUGCUAUCAGGAAAUCUUUUCUUGUGUCUGCAGAUAUGGCUCAUGGAGUGCACCCGAACUUUGCAGACAAGCAUGAAGAGAACCACCGUCCUCAACUACACAAGGGUCUGGUUAUCAAACAUAACGCAAACCAGCGUUAUGCAACUAGUGGGAUCACUUCUUUUCUUUUCAAAGAAGUAGCAAAGCUCCAUGAUCUUCCUAUUCAGGACUUUGUGGUGAGAAACGAUAUGGGAUGUGGAUCAACAAUAGGACCUAUAUUGGCUUCAGGAGUCGGGAUUCGAACCGUUGAUUGUGGCAUAGCUCAGCUUUCUAUGCAUAGGUAUAUUAAUGACUCAUGUUUCCUAAUCAACUACCUUAAGACUCAGCUUCUAAGGGCGUUGCUUGUGAAACAGUGUGAGAGAGAUUUGUGGAACAGACGAUAUAGACAUAGCGUACAGACAUUUCAAGGCGUUUUACAGAUCUUUCUCAAUCGUAGACAAGAAGCUCACUGUGGAUGAUUAGCUGCUCCUGCAGGAGUUAACGAGUUGUUUUAGGUCUGGUUUCUUGUUAAACCAAAUUGGAAUAUAUUCUUUUGUUUUUGGUCAAGAAUCAGAUUUGUGUAUUAUGUUGUAUUUUUUUUACAUUAUACAAAGUUCAUGCAUUCGUUACCAUAAU